AUGCUGUCAAUUAAGGAGACCAUUUUUGUUGCGCAAGUGCAAGAAGCGUAUUUUUUCAGAAUAUGGAAUCGAUCGUUUGGCCCAACAAAUGCCUUUGAAGAAAUGAUUGAAUUAACGGAGGAGGGAAAAAUGUGGCCUUAUCCUAUCGAUAACGAAUAUCAAAUCGGUGACGAAGAAGAUGUGCCUUUCUACGAACACAUAUUUCUGGACAAAUAUUUGGCGCAGUAUAAUUUGCCUGAUGAAGGACCAGUGGCACAAUUCAUGGAGCUGGUCUGUAUUGGAUUAUCCAAAAACCCCUAUAUGUCGAUCAAGAAAAAACACGCGCAUCUGGAUUGGUCAGUAUUUUCUGUUUAA